AUGGAAGAGCUUCCGGACUAUUAUGAGGUUCUCGGAAUAAAGCAGACGGCGACGUCUAGCGAAAUCCGAGAUGCCUACAAAUUGCGCGCGUUGGAAACCCAUCCAGAUAGAUAUCCGAUAAUAGAUUCAUCUGUCACAAGAGAAGAGGCAACAAAGGCCUUUCAGAAAGUGGCAGAUGCGUAUUAUGUCUUGAGCAAUCCACAACAAAAGGAAAAAUAUGUUCUUGAUGUAUAUUAUCUAUCUUCCCGUCUUAAAGUUUUUGUCCGUAACUCAUAUUCAACCUCCAUCUCUUUACAAGACGACGUUUAUAAAAAGCGAAAUUCCGCGCGUUCGUCCGCCGGACUGUCUUCAUGCCCUACCUCAUUCUCAACAUCAGGCACACCCCCCGUCUCUACCUUAUCUGUAUUUUAUUCAACAUUUACAUCACCGGAUCCGGACGCCCUCUUUGGUAACAUAUUCGAAGAACUAUUACGGCCAGAAGUUGACACUCCACAUUGGUUUUAUUCUCCAAUAGGAACAAUAGCUGGCGGUAUUUUAGGAUUUAUUAUCGGAAAUUUACCGGGUUUGAUACUUGGAGCCUAUUUGGGUGGAAGACUAGGCAGCAUAAGAGAUGCUAAAGGUAAGAAGAGAGGGUUGUGUGUGACUGGGAAGGAGUCGAGCAAUAAAAUGGGAAAAGCUGGAAUUUGGAUAUGGGGAUAUUAA